UUUUGAAGACAGCUUCAUUGUUUUCUCUUUUCAGUAUUUCCUGGCGAUCCUGUUUGUCGCAGCUUUCUUGAUGCAAAGUCUGAUACUAAGUGAAGGAAAAGAUGUACGAGUGAGGCUUCACGUUCCAAAACAUAUAAAAACGAUAUACAAGACGAAAAUAAUCAAAGUUCCGGAGCACCAUCACUACAUUCACCAUGAGAAAAAAGAAGAAGCGUUCGAGCCCUUGAAGAUUCCACAAUAUCAUCAUUUCUUCCACGACGAAAACGAAAAGAUUAAGCAAAAGCACCGAUACAAUCAUCGUCACGACGAAAGCGAUGAAGAUGAUAACAAAAAACUCACAUUGGAGGAAGUAAGACUGAUCUUAGAAAAUGCCGGUAGAUUAGCACGGUACAACAACUACAAACGUUACCACAUAGAUCCGAACAAAAAAUGAUGGGUCUCGCAUUCGUUGCUUUAAAAAGAAACAUUUGUUGAUUGUUGUUUUUAUUUUUUUUACGUUAAAAUAAUAAUUUAUUAAGAUAG